GUGUCCUUGGUGGUGAACGUGGCCAGCGAGUGUGGCUUCACAGACCAACACUACCGAGCCCUGCAGCAGCUACAGCGGGAGCUGGGUCCCCACCACUUUAAUGUGCUUGCUUUCCCCUGCAACCAGUUUGGGCAGCAGGAACCUGACAACAACAAGGAGAUUGAGAGUUUUGCCCGCCGAACCUACAGUGUCUCUUUCCCGAUGUUUAGCAAAAUCGCAGUCAGUGGCACUGGUGCUCACCCUGCCUUCAAGUACCUGACCCAGACUUCUGGGAAGGAGCCCACGUGGAACUUCUGGAAGUACCUAGUGGCCCCAGAUGGGAAGGUGACAGGGGCUUGGGACCCAACUGUGUCGGUGGAGGAGAUCAGGCCUCAGAUCAAUGCUCUUGUGAGGAAGCUCAUCCUGCGGAAGCGAGAAGAGUUAUAA